AUGGAGUACGUCAAGCGCGGCCCUUGCGGGCAAGACGGGUGUCGCGAAAGGCGCUACUACUUGCAAGAUGGAGUCUGGUUUUGCAGACGGGGUCACCAACAAGAGGGCCGGCAAGUCGAAGAGGACCCUGAUGAUUUUGGAAGACGAGGAACGAUACAUCGCGUGAAGAGAGUCGCCGAAGAAAAAAUCCAGAAGACAUACAGCGGCCGGCGAGGUUAUCGUCUCUUCAUACAGGCUUACCAGCUCAUACUUUGGAAACAAUGUCAUGUACUAGUACACGAAAAAGGGUUUCCUGCUGACCUAGAGAAAGUGGUAAAAGACCUCUGGGCGUUACGGCUACAGUCGCUGGUAGACAAGUUCGACGAGUCGCUCGACGCAGCAGACAGCAAUGGCAGCGCAGAGAUUUUCAGCUCACAGGCUAGUGCCAUCGACGCUGUCGAAGAUAAAAGCCCAAGCUCUUCUACGGCUCGAAAGGUAACCGAUAACCCGUUAUUGGAGGAAAGCUUGGGUCUUUGCUAUUUGGGCACUUUGCUGCUGCGUCUGCCUGUUAGCAUCGGUGAUAUCUAUAGGUUCGCAAUGAGAGAAGAACUGCCCUUUGUGCAGGCCAUCAGACUUGUUCCUCUUGAAAUAAGAGACAGGCUUACGCAGGUCUACACCAGAGCACUCAGUGUACAGACAGCUUUAAGCGGUGAACGCCUCCAUGAAACCGUCUACCAAUUGGGGAUGAUGUAUUCUCGGGAAUAUAAUAUCACAUUCCCUCCCUUGAACGUGCCCCUCAUGCUCUUCCAAUUUGUACGACAAUUGGCACUACCUUUGGAAGUAUAUUCCUCUGUGAGGAAACUGCAACAAAUCCUUGACUUCUCAUUUCAGUUCCCACUGGAUAAAAAAACGUCUACUCGAGCGCUCAGUUUUCCAGAAGCUCAACUUCUGGCUCUGAUUGUUGUUGCUACGAAACUGAUAUUUCCUUUCAGCAAAACAAAGGGCUUCCCCAUUUCAGCCACAGAACCAGCCGCACAAGUCCUAGAUUGGAAUGUGUGGAACGCUGCACAAAAGCACUUUGAAAAGAAAAGCAAAGAAAAGGGGCGCCUUGCCAAAGGGCAGGAAGUCACGGUCAAUGAUGGCCAUGUGUUUCAUCUGACCGGACAGCAAAUGGAUGAUUAUUUGGAUUGGUAUGAGAAUACUUGGAUUGAUAAAAACAGGGCCGCGAAUCCUCUAGCACCCAUGUUCCCAAUCUCUCGCAUGGAGUCUAGUAGUCAUCCUGCAGAAACAAAGCCUAGUACGAAAGAAAAGGAAGAUAUAGAGGAAAAGAUAAGAACGGUGACUGGCGGCAUUACUCCGGCUGAAACUGUUCCACCAAAGCACUCCGAAGGCAGCGAGGGAAAACAAAAUGGCAAUUCUGAUGACGAAGAAGAAGAAGAAAACGACGACACCACACCUCGCCCAGGCUACUCAUACCGGGUCUACAAACAGGAAUCGGAUAUGCCCAAAACAGCACGUAAAUUCUACGAAACGGCAGCCAACUUGUCAGGUUUGUCGUUGAAGACACUCAUGGCAGCCGUCAAUCGUAGCGAGCUCAAGCUUGAGAAAUGGCAGGAGGAUACUCGGCGAGCAGAAUAUCACGGCGAGAGAAAUGUGGAAUAUACGGCAUUUCGAGACAUCGAAGAAGGAGAUGAAUGGGGGACAGAUUCUGAAGAAUAA